GGUGGUGCUUAGGAUUGGUGUUGCUGAGGGUUGGUGGAGCUGUGGGUUGGUGGUGCUGUGGGUCGGUGGAGCUGUGGGUUGGUGGUGCUGAGGGUUGGUGUUGCUGUGGGUUGAUCGUGCCGUGGGUUGCGGUGCUGUGGGCUGGUGGUGCUGUGGGUUGGUAUUGUUGUGUGUUGGUGGUGCUGUGGGUUGGUGCUGCUGAGGGUUGAUCAUAACAUGGGUUGGUGGUGCUGAGGGUCGGUGCUGCUGUGGAUUCGUGGUGCCGCGGGUUCGUGGUGCCGCGGCUCGGCGUAACCGCGGGUCGGUGGUGCCGUGGGUUCGUGGUGCCGUGGGUUCGUGGUGCCGUGGGUUCGUGGUGCCGCGGCUCGGCGUAGCCGCGGGUCACCCCGGCGCCGCUCGGCCCAUGGUUCCGUCGGAGGUCCCGGCGCUGCAGCGCGCGGUGACGGCGGGCAGAGCGCGGCUGGCGCGGCUGCUGCUGGAGGGCGGCGCGUACAUCAACGAGGGCGACGCGCGGGGCCGCACGGCGCUGAUGGCCGCGUGUCGGACGCGCUACGCCGACCCCGCGGAGCGGACGCGGAUGGUUCGCUUCCUCCUGCGGCGCGGAGCCGACCCCGACAUCGCCGACGCGGCCGGCAUGACGGCGCUGAUGCACGCCUGCGCCGAGCGAGCCGGGGCCGCCGUGGCCGCCGCGCUGCUGGAGCACGGAGCCGACCCCAGCGCCAGGGAUUUCGGCGGCGGCUCGGCGCUGCUGUACGCCGCGCAGCGCGGGGAUCGCCAGACGCUGCAGGCGCUGCUGGACGCGUGCGAGGCGAGAGGACGCGAAGUCAUCAUCAUCACCACCGCCACGUCGCCGUCGGGCACCAAAACCACGCGGCAGUACCUGCACGCGGCCCCGCCGUCCCCGGCGUCGUCGGCGUCGUCGUCUCCCGCCCCGUGCGCGUCGCCGUCCGAAGUGGAGCUGCGCGCCGUCGCCGCGUCGCCCGCCGGCGGAGAAACGGAACGCGAGGAGCGCGUCUUCCGCUUCCCGCCCGCCGUCGCUCCGCCGUCGACGGGCGACGCCGCCGCCCCGCCGCCCGGAGCCCGACGGCGGCCGCCGCGGCGCCUCGACUCGGAGCCGGCGGGGAGCCCCGCCGAGGGGGCGGCGGAGGGGACGGAGGGGCCGCGGCGGCACAGCGCGGAGGGCCGCGACGCCGACGGGACGGGAUCCCCGCCCGGCGAACCCCGGGUGUCCCCGCCGUCCCCGUCGCCGCCGUCGCUCCGCGGGCCCCGACGUGCGGUGCCGCCCCGCCCCGAAUCCCCUCCCGCUCCGCGCCGCCGCGCUCCCGGCUUGUUGCGGCGCCGCGGGUCCGGGCCGCUGCUCCUGGAGCCCCCCGGGGCGGGCAGAGCCCCGCCGACGGCACCGCUGCUGCCCCCCCUGCUCGACCCCCCUCCUCCGGGACCUCCGUCGCCCAAAGGCCGCCGUCAGCUGCUGCGCCGCCACUCCGUGCAGAACGAACAGAUGUGGCACGGCGCCGACGGCGGGGGGAGGCCGUGA